GAAUGUGAGCUCAACAGCCUAGGACUUCCCCGAAUUACUCCAGGGUGGACGGGAAGUGUCUCCGCCGCCUGGUGGGAAGGCCACCUUCGCUAGAUCCAGAGAAGGGGGUGCAUCCCUACGGCCUGCGGCAAAACCCAGCGCCGGGUUCAGGAGAGCUGCUCUCGGUAACGAGGAGGCUGCACCCUCCUCACGAGCAGGAUUCACUGGUGUCGGACCACAGACGAACCGCAGCCGGAACCCAGAGGGCGAUUCCCGCGGUGCCGAGCUCCUGGGGCCAGGCCGGGCCGUGGGGUCUCCCCGUUCUCCACGCAGGGGCGGCGGGGCGGGGCGCAGUGACGCCAAGAGGAGUGACGCGACGACGCAGCGCGACGCGGUGACGCACGCCCCUUUGUUGGCUCAGUAGCGGUAGCAGCGGCCGUGGAGGUGGCGCUGGGGACUGUUUUCUCUCGGAGGCCGGAGCGGAGCCGCGUCUGACUGAGGCGGGCGGCAAGCGGCCCCCUCGCUCCCUCCCUCCCUCCUCCGCGUCCUCCCCGCCGCCGCCGCCAGCCGCCAACCGCCAACCGCCGCACCCGGGGAGGAGCCGCGGCCCGCGGGGCCGGAGCCAGGCCUGCGUCCGGACAUCAGCCGGAGCCGGAGCGAGAGCCGGGGCCUCGGCGUCCCCGCCCUCUCCCCGCCUCAGGGCCAGCGUUCGCCGGGCCCUCGCGUGUCGCGCCAUGGACUCGGACGAGGGCUACAACUACGAGUUCGACGAGGACGAAGAGUGCAGCGAGGAGGACAGCGGCGCCGAGGAGGAGGAAGACGAGGACGACGAUGAGCCGGACGAUGAUAACCUGGAUCUGGGCGAGGUGGAGCUGGUGGAGCCCGGGCUGGGCGUCGGCGGGGAGCGGGACGGACUGCUGUGCGGGGAGACGGGCGGCGGCGGCGGCAGCGCUCUGGGGCCCGGCGGUGGCGGUGGCGGUGGCGGCGGCGGCGGCGGGCCAGGGCACGAGCAGGAGGAGGAUUACCGCUACGAGGUGCUCACGGCCGAGCAGAUUCUGCAACACAUGGUGGAAUGUAUCCGAGAGGUCAACGAGGUCAUCCAGAAUCCAGCAACUAUCACAAGAAUACUCCUUAGCCACUUCAAUUGGGAUAAAGAGAAGCUAAUGGAAAGGUACUUUGAUGGAAACCUGGAGAAGCUCUUUGCUGAGUGUCAUGUAAUUAAUCCAAGUAAAAAGUCUCGAACACGCCAGAUGAAUACAAGGUCAUCAGCACAGGAUAUGCCUUGUCAGAUCUGCUACUUGAACUACCCUAACUCGUAUUUCACUGGCCUUGAAUGUGGACAUAAGUUUUGUAUGCAGUGCUGGAGCGAAUAUUUAACUACCAAAAUAAUGGAGGAAGGCAUGGGACAGACUAUUUCGUGUCCUGCUCAUGGUUGUGAUAUCUUAGUGGAUGACAACACAGUUAUGCGCCUGAUCACAGAUUCGAAAGUUAAAUUAAAGUAUCAGCAUUUAAUAACAAAUAGCUUUGUAGAGUGCAAUCGACUGUUAAAGUGGUGUCCUGCCCCAGAUUGUCACCACGUUGUUAAAGUCCAAUAUCCUGAUGCUAAACCUGUUCGCUGCAAAUGUGGGCGCCAGUUUUGCUUUAACUGUGGAGAAAAUUGGCACGAUCCUGUUAAAUGUAAGUGGCUAAAGAAGUGGAUUAAAAAGUGUGAUGAUGAUAGUGAAACUUCUAAUUGGAUUGCAGCCAACACAAAGGAAUGUCCCAAAUGCCACGUCACAAUUGAGAAGGAUGGCGGUUGUAAUCACAUGGUCUGUCGUAACCAGAACUGUAAAGCAGAGUUUUGCUGGGUGUGUCUUGGCCCUUGGGAACCACAUGGAUCUGCCUGGUACAACUGUAACCGCUAUAAUGAGGAUGACGCAAAGGCAGCAAGAGAUGCACAGGAGCGAUCUAGGGCAGCCCUGCAGAGGUACCUGUUCUACUGUAAUCGCUAUAUGAACCACAUGCAGAGUCUACGCUUUGAGCACAAACUCUAUGCUCAGGUGAAGCAGAAAAUGGAGGAGAUGCAACAGCACAACAUGUCCUGGAUUGAGGUGCAAUUCCUGAAGAAAGCAGUUGAUGUCCUCUGCCAGUGUCGUGCCACACUCAUGUACACUUAUGUCUUCGCUUUCUACCUCAAAAAGAAUAACCAGUCCAUUAUCUUUGAGAAUAACCAAGCAGAUCUAGAGAACGCCACAGAGGUGCUUUCGGGCUACCUCGAACGAGAUAUUUCCCAAGAUUCUCUACAGGAUAUAAAGCAGAAAGUACAAGAUAAGUACAGAUACUGUGAGAGUCGACGAAGGGUUUUGUUACAGCAUGUGCAUGAAGGCUAUGAAAAAGAUCUGUGGGAGUACAUUGAGGACUGAGAAUGGCCCUGCAUAAAAUGAACUCUGAAAACUUUACCAUCUAGAGUGCUCAUGCAAUUAAAACAAAACAAAACAAACACAAACAAGGAGGCACUAAGCCUGUUCUGACACCUCUGGUCUGUAGUACCAGAAUUCUGUUUUGUUAACGGAAAGUUUAAGUAAAUUAUAUUGUAAUAAAAAAAAAAAGGUAGAUAAACCAUUGUACAACAGUAUUCUAGGCCGCCAAAAAAGUGUGACAGACACACUAAAAGCCCUCCAACUUUAACUUGUAACGUAGCUUCAUUCUCAAAGCUGACUCCUUUUUUUUUUUUCUUUUUCCGAGUAUAGUACAGUUAAAAUUUAAAACAGCUCCUUGACACUGCUUUUCAUGUCCAAACCAGCCAUUUUGUUGUACUUUGGUAAAGGCCCUCCUCCCCUUCCUCCCUACACAUACAGAUACACCUACACACACAGACUGACUCUCUUUCUCUCAUACCCCAAGGUCAUGAGUGAAUUAGUGAAUUAGUUCCUUGUAAAGAAAAUUCUUGGGGCUGGGACGGGGGUAGGCAGCAAGCGGAAUUAAACAAAAAAACAAAAAAACUUUGUAUAUGACUUUUAAAACAAGAAGACAACACAGUAUUUUUCAAAAUUGUAUAUAGCGCAUAUGCAUGGACAAAGCAAGCGUGGCACGUGUUUGCAUAAUGUUUAAUUACAAAAAAAUAUUUAUUCUUUAAAAAUCUUCAAGAUUAUGUCUAUUUGCUGUGCAUUUUCUUUCAGUUUGCUUUAUCUUUCCAGGGUUGAGGGUUGGGAUAAAGGUGUGUUGGUUUAGCACCUCUGGAAGACCUUACUAGAGCUCUUUGAUUUUCCUUUCCUGAGAUUACUUUGCCCUUUCUCGUUCUAAUAUGUCCGUUGCUGGCCAUGGGCCUCAUGCCUUGAAUUCCAGCUCUUGAUCAGGGACAGGGAGGUCAAGCUCUGACUAAAUGCCAUGGCCUGAAUAAAGGCUACAACAGGGAGCUUUUUGCUGUCGUUAAGAAUGACCCAGUCCCCAACCUCCUCCCCGCUCCAUGGCCUCAUUCAUCUACCUAAUAAACCCUUUGUGUGCCUGUGUCAUGCACACAGCUGAAGGCUUCCUAUGCUCCCUAUCACAUCCAGAGGAAACAUUUCACUUUUUUCCUUUUUUUUUUUUCUUCCUUAAUUGCUGCUUUUGAGCCUUUUAAGAUUUUAGUUAUGGCUCUUCUCUCACCCCUUCUUUACAUUAGGGUGUCAAAUAGAAUGUUUUUGCUUUAAAUAUAAAUAUAAAUAAAUAGCCAUUCACUUAGUUUCAGAUUGUGAAUUUAAAAUGGCAGAUACUGAAAUUGCUUGUGUGUGUUGCUGUGGGUUCAGUUUGAAGGCAAACACCCCUAGAACAUAAUAUACCCAUUUAGUGCAUUUAAAUAGAAAUCACUGAGUUUGCUUCUUUUCUAUUGUCAGCAGAUAGGAGAAUUAAUAAUGCAUUUUAGCUGUGAUGUCCAUUUUUAUGAAAUUUCUACUAAGAGCUAUGUUAAAAGUAAAGGAUGGUGGUGGUUUUAUUAACUGUAUACCUGUUUAGGCCAUUCCGGCUGUGGUAUUUUUCAACAGGUCAGCAUCCCUAAAUCUGUCAGUUUUAUACAGGAGUGCAGAGUGAACUAGGCAACUAGAUCAAGAGGUCUUAAUAUUAAAUACCAGUUUUCAUGACCUCUUUGUCUUCCUCUAAAUGACUUGCGCCUAGGGAGUGUUUACCAUUUGUGAGGCAGCUUUGUCUGCUCUUGCACUGUACAUCUUAUUACUCCAUUGGGAAGUAGGUUCACUUUCCUCUGGCCUUUUGCCUAAGUUAGGCUUUGCUGAAUCAACCCUACUUUUCCUUUUAGAAAAAGGUUGUUACAUGAGAUGUACUUGCAACUGUUCUUUUCCCAUCAAAAAUCAGUGAAUGUUUGCUGAGUAUAUUAUGCUGCUUCCUUAAACCACUUGUCGCUUUAGGAUCAACUUCACCCAUACCUUUUACCCUCUCCUUCCUUUGCCACCUCAGGUGCAAAUCUGAACUCAGUGUCUGCUUCUUCCAUAGUCUCUUCUCUCCUCUCCCCCAUCAUUCAUUUGACUUUAUUUUAAAUGACUGCAUCAAUCUUAAAAGACAUUUUUCAAAACUAAGGAGAUUUUCUUUUUUUUUUAACAGAAAGCUUGAACGAGUUCCUUUCCCUGGUAACUUUGAAAAGCAGCCAGAGUUGUUAUCUAGAUAUAUGUGGCUCCCUUAAAAUGUUUUGUGUAUGUGCGGUGUUUUUAAAAAAUCUUAUUAACUGCAGUAUCUAGGUUUCAGUGUCAUAAAUCCUCUCUACAUGCUCGUCUUGCAACAAGUAUCCAAAAACAGUGUGUGUACUUCAUAAUAUCAGCCCCACCCAUGGAGGAAGAGUGCUUUUUAGAGAUGCUUUUUAGUUUCAGUGUUGGCAUAUUACCUAAGGGUAUUGCAGUUGUGGGUGCAUUCCCUGAUUUGUAUGGAUCAAGGUGAACUGGCCUUUUCUGAACUUUCAAGCUUCUAACAGCUAUCUCCAUAUUUGACAGAAUUCCCUGAGUUUAUUACUUUCAUUGUUAGUAGCUUCAGUGACCCCAGCUGGGAUAGGCAAGCCAUAUUGUAUGACAGCUUCCCUAUUUCACCUACCUAAGUCUUUUUGUCAGAGGGCUCUGUUCACGGUAAGCACCAGGGUCUCCUUGUCUUCUUGAGGGCAGUUACCUUGUCUUGAAAGUGCAUGCUUCAUUUGAACAAUUCAUUGAGCAGUAGAUGGACUUUAAAUGACUUUCAAUAAAAUUUUGAUCCAAAGCUCAGGAUACACACAGUGGUAAAAUUGAGUAGCAUAUAAUAUCAUCAAACUCUAAAUUGUGUAAUUUGCUGCGACCCAGAUUGUAUGUGUUUUAUGUGUGUUUAAAUAAAUAUAUUAAAUACACAUGUGUAUACAUACACACAUAUAUAACAGAUCCAAGACUGACUGACUUGAUUUGAAAUGGUUGAAUCUGCAGUGUAAAAUGUGGUUCAGCCAUGAUUAGGAACUGAAAUUUAGUACAAGAGAGAAAAGGACUUGAUGUAACAAAAUCUUUUAGCUACAAAUCCCGGUAUAGAGCACUUGGGGGAUGGGAGGGGGCGGGUUGGUGAGACAAUCAGAUCGGUAAAUUGAUUAAAUGCUCCUAACCCUGUAAUUUUGUGCAUAGAGCACCCUGUGCUAUGGAAAUAACUGUUCUUAGAUUUUCAUUGUAACUGGACUGUUCAGGUUGCCCAGAGGGAAAGAACAUUCCUAAUUCUAAUAAAAUAAACUUUUAUUUUGUUA